AUGUCUGUUAUACGCGCUGGCUCCUUUCUUCUUCUACUUCUUCUUCUUCUUCUUCUUCUUCUUCUUCUUCUUCUUAUUAUUAUUAUUGCUGUUGUCGUUAUUAUUCCCACGGAAUUUCCCGUCAGUCACCAUGACGGCUGUGAUGGUGCCGGCUACACUGGCCUAUUUACGCUGUCAAAUCACGGUAACUUCCUACAGUCGGACUUGCAUCUCUUUUCUUUUUCAUUUCUAUAUUUCUGUUUUCUCUCAUUUUUUUCAUCCAUUUUUUUCUUUCUUUUGCUCUCUUUUGUCUCUAUCUCUCACCAUCGCUCUCUUUACAAUUCACCCUCUUUGUCUCUUUAUAUUGUAUUUCUUAUCCUUUUUUCUUUCUCUCACUUUUUUCAUUCUUUCUUUUCUUUCUUUAGAGCUCUAUGCAGCACCCUCUCUCUUUCUUUCUCUUUUUCUCUCCUCUUCAUCUCCCUCCCUCUUCUUUUCUUUCCUUUAUUCUUUCUCUCUCUCUCUCACUCUCUCUCUCUCUCUCUCUAUCUAUCUAUCUAUCUAUCUAUCUAUCUAUCUAUCUAUCUCUUUCACUUUUGUUUACCUUUUCUUUUGCCCUAUCUUUCUCGCUCCAGCACAUCCUUGGAUCCUUUUUCAUUGAUGAGCAAUCAACAAAUAUUUCGCUUUAAUUCUUCACUAUUUCUCUCUCCUCCCCUUCCCUUACUCUGUUUCUUUCCUUGCACAUACCUCUCUUCUCUUCCUUUGACUUUCUUGUACAUUGUCUUCUGGUUUCUUGCAUUUUGUACUUUCUGCAUUCCCAACUCUCUUACUUUGUCUUUUCCACGCCCUAUCUUGUCCUCUUGUUCAUUCUUUCUGUAUGUCUGUCCCUCCUCCUCCUCCUCCUUUUCUUCUGUGUACAUACCUCUCUUUUCGCCUCUGUAUCCUGUAAUUUACUCUUCUCUCUCACUCUUUCUCUUUCACACUCUCUCUCUCUCUCUCUCUCUCUCGCUCCCUCUCUCUUAUUGUUCAUAUCUUGUUUCGUCUUUCUCUUCGAUUUCUCUAUUGAAAGUAUUUCACUGCAUUCAUAGUGUUUCUCUCAUUUUCCUUUCUCUCUAA